AUGAUUAAGUAAUUGCUUGCUAUUGUGGCAAUUGGAACACUGUCAAUAGUGCCUUACCUUGAUAACACAGAUUACAACCCAUGGUUUGAAGGAGAUACAUUCAUCGUCUCUUUGGAUGGAAGCAUGAAGAGAAUUAGUAGAUUUGAUCCAAACUGGAAACCAUAAUCAGCUUAUGAAGAUUACCAUGAACAAAUCUAUCAAGAAUAAGAGAGAUAGCGCAAAGAGAAAAUGUCAGACUUCUUGAAGACUACAGCUAACAUUUGUACAAAUGGAAAGGAUCACACCAAAUUGACCUUAUAAAAUUACAUGGAUGAAUUCAUCAAAGGUCCUUGCUAACCAGCUGUUUUAGUGCCUGGUCUGAUUGGUACAGCUUUAUAGGUAAAAAUUGAUUGCGAAACCUUAUAAGCAAAAAGACCUGAUAUCUUUGAAAAUUGUGGUUGGUAAACUUGCAGUUCAUCUAAAUUCUGGUUGAAGAAACCAAGUGAAGAAUACAGAAUGUGGAUAGGUGCCUUAAGCAGUCCUUUUUCAAUUGCAAUGACCAGCAAGAAGGACAAAUGUUUUGGAGAUUUCGUUGAACUUUAUUAUGAUAGAUCCAAAAAGGAUCCAAGAGACAGAUACACAGCAGCCCCAGGAAUUGAAAUCACUUGGGCUGGUAACACUCCAAAAUCAAUUGAUAACGAAUGCGGAACAACAGCCAUUUAAGAGAUCGCCACUGAUUCCGUUAUCAAGGCAGCAAUGUGUGAUCCCAAAGGAUAUCAUGUUUUCUCAGACACUCUUAAAAACAUGGGUUACAUUCCAGGAUUAACAAUGCAAGCUGCCCCAUAUGAUUUCAGAAAAUCUAUUGCUGCUUCAGAAUCCCAAUAAUACAUCAAGAAGUCUGUGGAAACAUUCUAUAGAUUGACAGGAAAGAAAACCUACAUCUUUGGACAUUCUUUGGGUUCCCUUCAUUCAACAGAGGCAGUGUACUCAAUGACUCAAGCAUAAAAGGAUAAAGUAGCUGGUAUUGUGACAAUUGCUGGACCUCUUUUGGGAGCAACUAAGACAUUCAAACCUUAAGUAGGUGGAGAUGACAGCUUUAUGUUUAAAGUGUUACUCUUGGAUGCCGGAAAAUGGCUCGUACAUCUGCCAGUAUAGUGGAUCUAUAUCCAUAAGGACACAUUCACAAGAUUCAGAGAUGCACCAUGGAUGUAAGAGAUCCUUGACAGAAUGGAAUGGGAUAAUGAGUUCAUUUCAACUGGAAGGAAACCAACAAGAGCAAAUCCUUUACCUUGGUUCCCAGAACCUAGUGAAGUUUGCGGUGCUGAUUUUGCUGACAGAUCUAACCAUUGCUAAUUGUUAAUGCACGACAUGAGUGAACACUUUUUGAAAGUCGUUGAUAAAUUGUAUUAUUCAACCACAGAAUCCACCAAAUAAGCCAUUACUGACACCAUCACUGCUACUGAUGCCUAAUAAGAAACCACAAGAGAAAAAGCCAAUAAUGUUGAACAUCCAGGAGUACCUAUGAUCGUAGUCUAUGCUGCUCAUGAAAUGACUCCAUUCCAAUUUGAAUAUACCAAACAACCUAAACCCAUUGUUGAGUCUACUGAUGAUUUCUACUUCCCAGAUCAUAUUACCAAAGCCAUCGGAGACAGCACAGUUCUUGCCUCCUCAUCCAUGACUCCAGGUAUCAAGUGGGUUUAUGAACACAAACAUGGAUUAACCACCAUCCCAACUAAAUUGGUUGAAUAUUGUUCAUAAUAUAACGGAGAUGCAGUCUCAUCUAUUUAUGAUUCAAAAGAUGCUUAAGGAUAAAAACAAUUCACUAAUUCAGGAUAUUUGGGUCUUACUUGCUCUUGCAAAUUUGGAUAAACUGGAAUCGACCAUUGUGGACAUGCCUGUAUGAUUCAAGACACAUUAUUUAUUGAGUUUGCUGCUGAUGUUUUAACUCCAAACUGGAAAUCUACCAUUACAUCAACACCAGCCACUGAAUCUGAACUUAAAAACAUCCAUGAAGGAUGCACCAAUUUACAUUGAUUAUAUCAAUAAAUCCCAGUAAUAAUUUAAAUACCAAAAUUAAAUAUCAA